AUAGAGAGGGCGCGGGGCGUCGAGGAGGCGUCGUGCUGCCCUCUACAAUGGAGGCUUGUGGGCCUCCAAUCCAGUUGGAGCCAGUAGACCUAAGUCUGAAGAGACCACCGACACCCAGAAGACGUGCUCGAGCUAGCGUUGGUGUCCCUACGUCAUCCAAGAUCAUCAGGGAAGAUGACAGCUCAGCCACAGAUCUGAUAUUCAACUCAAGUCACCAAUUACCUAAAAUCAAAAUGGGUCCUGAUCUCAGAAGCGCGCGGAGACCUAAACAACUCGUGAACAAGUUAAAACCAACAACCCACACGCAGACAUCACAUUUAGCGUUAGAACUGACAAAACCAUACCUACCAAUGAUCCCAAUCUUACCCCCUCACAAAUCAACCACCGACGCGGAAAUCAAAUCCUUCAUUCUAAACACAGCACUCCAAAAUGCCCUCUCAGACUCCCUACACCACAUCCAACAGAGGAACAAAAUUGACCUAAAGAAGAGCGAGGAGUUUGUCAAUAAUAAUCAUGAUGAUGGCAACAGGAGACGGCUGCAUAAGUGUGAUGUCGCUGGGUGUCAUAAGGUUUACACGAAGAGUUCUCAUCUGAAAGCCCAUAAAAGAACACAUACUGGUGAAAAGCCAUACUCCUGUGCCUGGGCAGGCUGUGAGUGGCGUUUCGCCAGAUCUGACGAGUUGACCAGACACACUCGCAAACACACGGGUCAUCGACCUUUCACCUGUCCGCUGUGCAGACGAUCUUUCGCCAGGUCUGACCACCUUGGAUUACAUAUGAGGAGACAUUGAUCGUAAAAGUAAGGGUGAUAGAGUUCAUUUUUGUUGAAUUUGAAAUGAAAGUUAAUUUUAGUUUCAAUAGAGUUCAUUUUCGUUUGGCACAAGUAUUAAUUU